GACAUUGGGGUUCUGUUCUCAUCCGUUUGCCUUCCACUGCCCAAGUUGUCGGUGACAGUUGAUCGCGGGUAAACAGAUUCAUGGCGGAUCAAUCAGAUAAAAACGGCAAACCAUGCCAGGAAGAAAACGGGAAAGAUAAGCCAACCCGGCCUUCAGCAUCAGGCGCCACAGAGGUGCAGCAGGGGCGCCAGUCGCGACCUCGAGAGCGGCAGAGCCGGCCCCUGGCGGGCAGGGACACGUCGCCCACGACGGCCUCUCUGACGUCUAGGGCGCUGCGGCUCUCGCGGCAGUUCCUGCAGCAGAAGGGCCGCCGCCUCAUGGAGUUGCCCCUGGGGCAGCGCGUGCUGGUCGUAGCGGACAAGGCGCUCGGCUGCGUCAUCCAAGCCUUGCGCUGGGCCGGCGUCCCUCCCGUCGACGUCCCGAUCGCCGAAGAUGUCGUGCUUCCACCGGAACCCCUCGGGUUGUCUCUCCGGGAACCGAUUACGACGCUCCUGCAAAUGAUAGGGUCGGCGAUGCACAUGGCUGCGAUGUUUCUGCGGCUCCAUAUUCCAGAUGGCGAGGAACUGAUGGGUCAGCUGAUGAGUUACCGACGCGAACUGGAGGAGCUUCGAAUGGUUCCGGGCAGGCCCCCUCGCGCCCAGUCUCCUGAGGUGCAGAGAUCCACUGCACUGGCUGGAUCAAACUCUUCCGCUAUACCACAACCCAGAACUGCCACACCAUCAGAGUCCUCUUCAACUAGCUCUAGCUCAGGAAGUACAGCACCUAUCACGGAAGAGAUGACUCAACGAUACUUCAGCCCGCCUCACUUCAGUACAGUUUCGACAAAUAGAGAGAGAGAAAAGAGCGACGGAGAGGAGGAAAAACAUCCAAAGGAAGACGAACGGAAAGACAGUGAAACACAGGAUGACCCUCAGCGGCCAGCGACGACGGCAGAGAAAGCGGAGAGGGAAGUCCUGAGCGUCGGCCAGCCGUCUACGUCAGCAGCACCUUCAGAAGAGGCAUUGGCUGAUGACAAAGGUGGUCCUCAGCCGGAGGCUAGCGGCGAUCGGAGGCAGUCUACAAAAUUCCCAAAACCUUCGCUGUUCAUGAAUUUAUUGGGUGUAAAGAUAGCCUGAAUUAUCAGCAUUCUAGCUUACGCACUCAUAACAAUUCGGUAGCAAAGUCAAUUGAUUAAAACUUCAGUUUCGUGCAGUACCUACCUGAGUUUGUCUUAAAAUACAUAUUAGUCUUAAGCUUGGCAUUCGGAGAUAAGAUGAGGCAAAAGUAUUUUAAGUGUUCUCUUGCAUGUACCAUACUUACAAUAAAGCGCUUUUUAAAAAUGA